GGAGAUUACUAUCAAAUCAUUUUUUUGACCGAAGUAAACAAGAGUACAACUUGUACUUUGCUCUCAACAAAUCUUGCGUGUCUUCUGGUCUGAAAGUGAACACAUCCUCACUUUAAGGCACUUCUGCAAUGGCAACUCAAGUCACAGACUAUCGCCUGGAGAUAAAUGAAUCGCGGUUCCGUGCAGAGAGCUACUUCCCAGGGAUUACGUACGAUGACUUUGAUCGAGCUGGAGGAAUUUCUCCGUGGAAGAUCUGCCGCAUGUUUGAGGCCGGCAGAAACGUGCCGUUUUACCAGGGGAACUUUCUGGAACUGCAAGAUCUGAGGUCGGAGAACUUUGGAUUUUACGUCCUCGGGGGAGACUAUUACUUUGACCCGUGCGUUUGGGAGGUCGCCCGGAAAUACCAGUACUUUCCGUACAAGAUUUCCAUCGAGCUGAUCAACCAGGGUGAGACGUCCUUGACCUUCAGGGAGAUCCUCAUAAACACGCUGGACGGCAAAGAAAUCGCCACGUUCUACGGGAAACUGGUGUACGUGGACAAGUCGGCCAAGAGGUCGCAGGUACUUCCGUACUGGCACCGCAUGAAGUACCGCAGCGUGGAGUCGCCCGACCGCGUGCGCAUUGACUUCACACUGAGUCAGGUGCCCUCGGACGCUUGUAGGGUGAAGACCCUGGUCUCUGCCAGCGACGUGGACCACAACGGACACACCAACCAGGCCAGCUAUGUCAGGUUUUGCAUGGACGCGGCAGAGUCUGUGAACCGGCGUAAACAGCUGAAGCGAUUCAGCGGCGACAUCUGCCUGUACCCGAUCAUGAAGCUGUCGACGGCCUAUCGCAGCGAGACCUACGUCGGGGACGAGCUGAGCACCUGUCUGUGGCAGGACGACCUCUCACCUUUCAUGAUUCACUUUGUCCUGUUCCGAGAGGACACCAUCGUGUUCUCUGCCACGGUGACCUUCAAGAACGCUCCGUGUUCCAAACUUUGAUGUCAGUUCCUGACGUUGCAGCCAUGGGGGCCCGCCUGAUGAGGUUCAGGUUCAAACCCGUGUAAAAUUCUUGUCUUUCGAAAUAGUUUCCCCCCCCAGCCAAACUACUGAUGACCUACCCUCAGGCACUACUGCUGUAUUUGAGCGUGUGAGUCGAUCAUGUACGUCAAUCAAAUUAAAUUACCAAUGUCAGUUUCUCCCAGAUAUUUGGAUAUCUGGACGUAUGUUUGCUGUUGUUUGUAUGACAACUUGUGUACCGUAUAGACUUGCCUGUAACACAGCUUGGUCUACAAUAAUACAGUGUGUGUACUUUCACUCCAAAAUCGACCCAUUUAUGUCGGUGGCGUGUACAGUGCGGAGAGAAUUGCUGGAGGGGCCUCACAGCAUGCGUGAAAACCAGCACUUGUCUGACAGUAAAUGUUGUUUGUUACGGUAUCUGAACCCCUCUUGUUAUAGGCAAGUAUGUGUGGCCAGUAUGUGUGGCCAGUAUGUGUGGCCAGUAUGUGUGGCCAGUAUGUGUGGUGAGUAUGUGUGGC